AUGACAAACGCUAUCUUUACCCUUGUUUACAAUCCCGACUACCUUGCCGGUGCAUUGGUCCUUGGAAUCCAAUUACAGAAAAUUAGACAAGUUUCGAGCCAUGACUUCGCUCUUGGAAUAUUAGUUGAUAAAUUACAAUUCACCACCCCUCAGUUGGAUAAACUAUUCAAGUAUUACGACGAAGUCAUCGAUGUUUCACCUUUGGAAUCGACUAUCUAUUUUAAGUUGGAAAACGACUUAGGAAGACCCGAAUUGGGAAAGACAUUUACUAAAGUCAAACUUUGGUCAUUGGAUAAAUAUGACAAAGUUUUGUAUUUAGAUGCUGAUACUCUACCAUUACUUCCAUCGGAUAAUGCUACAUCUGUUGCUGAUCUAUUGAGAUUAGAGUUCCCACAAGAUAAGGUUAUAGCUGCACCUGACUCUGGGUUUCCCGACAUUUUCAAUUCUGGUGUGCUCUUGUUGAAACCGAAUCAAAAGACAUAUGAUGACUUAGUUGCAUUGGUUAAGGAGUCUGCUGAUAAUCCCGAUGUUUCUUUUGAUGGUGCUGAUCAAGGUCUUUUAAAUCAGUACUUUAAUUCUCAGCCGGACUGGGUGGUACAAUUGUUAAGCAAGGAUAAGGCGAAUGUUGAACAAAGACAGAAUAUUGAUAAUAAUUGGAUUAAAUUGCCAUUUUUGUACAAUGUGACACCUUCAUCGACAUAUGAAUAUUUGCCAGCAAUCAAGCAUUUCCAUGGUGAGCCUUCUGCUCCAGAAGGUGUUGAUUGUAGGGAUGGUGGUUUCGACCAACGAAGCAAUGACCAAAAAAUCUUGGAUCUGACGUCUGAAACGUUACUGCGUUAUCAUUUUGCUGCAACACAAUAUGUUGUUGCCAAUGCUUCGCAGAUCAAAGUGUUUCACUUUAUUGGUCCAUACAAGCCCUGGUCAUCCUCAUCCACUGUCAGUGGAAUCCACAAAGAUUGGUGGAAAUUGUGGAUCGAGGAGUUUGGACAAAGAUCAGUGCAGGAGGUAAUUUACGAUCGAUCGUCACCUUCGCCUACUUUUGCCUCGCGUGAAAUUGAAUCAAGCAACAAACAGGAAACAAAUGCUAAGUCACGUACUACAAAAAAGAGACCUGUAAGUGCAUCAGACCCCUAUGCAUUAUUAGACCCAGCCAAUUAUCAGCAUUUACCUGACAAUGUCAAGCCCAGUCUUGACUCAUUGUGGGAUCCCUCCAAAGAGUCACCACCAAAGAUUGAUCGAUCAAGGGAAGUGAGUAGCGGAGGCGAUACAUUUGAAGAACAGUUGAGGAAACUGUAUGAUAAUCAAUGGGAUCCUCGCAAUGUGGGAGAUAAUCAAGCUCAUAAAGAGGGUAGCGUAGUUGGUGGUGCUGAUGCAGUAGAGUACCUUAUUUCGCAAUUUGAACUGUCUCAACAAGCAAAGCAACCUACAUCAUUCCAAAGACCCGAUAUUUAUGGACAUAAAUUUGUCAAACCUGAAAGGGUGUUUGAUUCGUCGUCUGAUUAUGUACCUAGACAUAUCUUACGAGAUCUUGAGAAGGUCAAUAUAGGUACCGAGGCGGAUGACACAAGACCUCAUCAACCUGAAACGUCUCGGUUGUCAAAACAGGUUUCUGAUUUUAAUGCCAUCAACGAGUCAUUGGAAAGACAAGGCUAUGUCAGUGCAGACUAUUUUGAAGAAGUUUAUGAUGAGGAUCGAGAAGCAGGCACUGGAGAGACAUUUGCUAAUGACAAGGGGGUUGUGGGGGAGGAAGAGGACAAUGGCACACCUGCACCAAAAUUAUUUCCUUGGGAGUUCAAAGGCUGCCAUAGGCCGGAAAGAGUGUUUGAUUAG